AUGAAGGACAUGCCCAAUCACCCCGAUGAAGAUGCAGGAUCACCACCAUCCUAUUCAACUAUUUGUAUUCUAUCAACAGCUAUUCUGCCCACCGUCGAUACCAAAUGCCCCUCCAACGCCGACUCGCUAUCGCCAAAUACCGCAAGUCCACCAACUUCAACAUCACAGACGCAAUCCACGACAUCCAAACACAAGAAGACGAGACCUCUCUACCCUCCGCUUGGCGUUUGCUCGGCUUCUGCUGCCUGGUCAUGUUCUUCUCAAUUACUCAGGAAGGAUAGCGUGCCGUUCAAGCUUCUCCAGUAUGAGUCGCUGCACUAUGUGUACAUGAGUAACUGGAGCUAGACUGCCGUUGCUAUCGUGUUGCAGAUUUUUUUGUUCUGCUAUCCUUUUCCCAUCUUUCCUAUCUCUUCCUUUGUUAACUGACUAGCGCUCUACACGUGUUUCUGUUUGUUACUGGAUUGCUGUCUGCUUCCAGCACGCUUCGAGCGUAUCUUAUAAUGAUAAGGAUAAAGAUAUAGAUCAA